AUGGCGGUGCCGUCAGAGCUGCUGAGGUGCACGGUGUACUCCUUGGUGCCUCCCGUCCAGAACACCUUCAACGAGUGGAACCUUCUGCUCUCCCCCGAACAGAUGGGCCAUCCAUCGAAGACAGGCGAGUACGACACCUCGCUUGCCCUCGACUCGUACUACCUCAAACCGUGGGGCUCAGUUGUUUUCCAGGCGCUAAAGAAGCAGCACGCCUCAACGCCACUCUGGGAUUUCAACUACGGCGAGUUCGUCAGGGAGUUCAAACUGGUCGCCGAGGCCCUUCACGUCCAGUUGUCGCCGUACCAGAUGCGGCACUCCGGACCCAGCAUCGACAGAGCACAGCACCUGCGCUCUUUGCUGGAAGUUCAGCGUCGCGGAACCUGGAAAAGCGCAAAGUCAGUGCUCCGGUACGAGAAGUCAGCCCGGCUUGCUGCUUCGUUCCUGGAGCUGCCGCAGCGCCUGCGCGUGGACUCCCCCCAGUCCACCAUGAUCGGCAAGCACCGUGACCGGUACUGUCUAGACCUUUUCAGUGGCAGAGGGGGCGUCUCUCGAGCCCUGCGCAGAUUAGGUUUUCGCUGCUUCGAAUAUGAUAUCUGCCACGGAGCCGAUCAUGACUUGACUUCCAAGAGCGUGCUCUCGAACAUUCGCACAGCUAUUUUCAGAGGUGAGGUGCUGAGCGUCAUGUUCGGCACGCCGUACAGUUCGUUUUCGGUGGCCCGAGAUCGCACGUCAAUCAUACGCAACCAUCUCCACCCAUGGGGUAUACCUGAGAGUUCUCUUUCCGCAGAAGACAAAGAAAAAGUUCGCUUCGGCAACUUGUGCGCUAAGUCCACUUUGCGAAUCAUCAAGUGGCUGCAGCACUUCAGUAUUCCGUGGUGUGUGGAGAAUCCGCAUAAUAGCAAGCUUUGGCAACUUCCUCCCUUUCAGGACCUUCUGCUGCAGCCCACCGUCAAGGAUCUCGGCAUCGACGACUUCCAGGCACAGGCCCUGGCCGCGUACCUGGGGCCUUGGUUACACGGCAGUACCCUUCGCGGUUAUGUGCGGAUCUGGCUAUGGUUUUAA